AUCCCGCUGUCGAGGGGAGCCGAGAUGAAGGGCAAGUGCGGCACGAACGAGUCGGAGCUGGAGCUCUCCUGGCUGGACCAAGCGUACACCCUCAAACUCUCCUUCCUGAAGGAGGGGCACAACACGUCCCGGGGGCCGGAGGCGUCCUGGAGGCUCAGCCGGAUCCAGUUCACCUACGACACCUCCGAGCGCACCUACUUCAAGGAUGCCGUCAGCCCCGGGAAGCACACGGCCAGCUCGCAUCGGCUCUCGGCCCUGGUGACCCCCGCCGGGCACUCCUACGAGUGCCAGGCACAGCAGACCAUCUCCCUCGUCUCCAGCGACCACCAGAAGUCCGUGCAGCUCCUGCUGUCAGAAGUGCGGCUCCAGCCCUUCGACAUCCCCGCGGAUUUUGUCUUCAGUGAAGAGCACAAGUGCCCGGUGGACCAGAGGGAGCAGCUGGAAGAAACCCUGCCCCUGAUCCUGGGGCUGAUCCUGGGGCUGGUUAUCGUGAUCACCCUCGGCAUUUACCACGUCCACCACAAGCUGACAGCCAGCCAGGUGCAGAUCCCUCGGGACAGAUCUCAGUACAAACACAUGGGAUAGGGAGCAGGACCGAGCAACCCGAGCUUUUAUCAGGUAGAAAAAGCAAAAGCACUUUUUUUCUGUGGGCAAGGAAAGGUUCUGGGGGGGCAAGGGAUGGUAUUCACAGCACCUAAUCCUGAGUAUUUCAUGGAGACGCUCAGGCUAAGGCUUGGCUUUAACCCAGACUCUGUAAGGAGACUCAGUGUCUGAGGUGUCUGUAGGUGGUUUGAAUACCUUCUUUAAGCAGCUGGGCUGAUCAUUUGGAAACAGAAAUGCUUCACAUGUCAGAGUUUCACACUGGAAGCACAAUUAGCCUUCUUGUUUUAUUUAUUUUUUCCGUUUUUCCCAUCUCAAGAGAUUCUUGCCUCCCCCUGUAUCACCUUCGGAGCAUUCAGCCCUCCACGUUCCUGUCCAUGCGGGAAGCAGGGCUGGGAGGCAGAGCCAUUGCACAGGGUUCAUUCAGGCCCUCUAAUGAAGGGACUCAAACCACAUCCCUAAGUUUGCACUCAUGUUAAGAAAAGCAUGGAGGCAAAUGCAGGUGUGCUUUGGAAAAAAAAAAAAAUUAAAAAAUUCAAGGUCAGUAAUUCCAGUGGAGCAGAUCACAGCUGUGGAGCUGACCCCACACUUGAGACUGAGUGAAGAAAGUUUGGUUUUGCUUCUUGAGCCACAUCUGAACUAAACUUAGAAAAAAAAA